AUGAAUAACAAUUCAGAGGAGAACACCCAUCCGAGCACGGAGCGAAGUGACAACUCGGUGGAGAACUACAUGCAUGGAAGGGGAAGUCCCAGUGGGGACUACAUCGAUGAAGGGCAGGACAAAGGGGAAGACCAAAAUGCCAGGGGGGUGAGGAUGCAAGACGGAGUGGGCAUAACAGAACUGCCUGACAACCAAUUCGUCGGCGCGCAGUACAUCCCAGAUUUGCACGGGCUAGGGAAAGCGAGACAAGCGCUGCCCUUCAAGGUGAACGAAAUGAACAUUCCAGGACAGGUAUCCCCGUACCACAUGCCAUCAGAUGAGGCGUCCUCAGAGCAAGAAACUUUAUAUGACGAAAAUGGAUUGCCUAUAAGGACAAAUUCGAAUGACCAAGAAGGUGACAAAAAAUUGUGGUCAUGGACAAACGAUGGAAAAUUAAAACUUUUAUGUUCUCAACCAAUAAUCCCAGUGUCUGUUGUUCAAGGAAUACUAAGGAGAGACAAAAUUAUUUUAAUACCACAAGUAGAAGUAACCGAUUUUGUUGUCCCAAAAAUAUAUAACCAAAAUAUAAAGCAUGAUGUGCCCAAAUUAGACAUAAAGGUAAAAUGCUCCAAUGUUGAAAUACCAAAUGUGAAAUACGUAGAGAAGGAAAUAAUAAUUCCAAUAAUCACAGGGUACACACAUAAGUUCAUCCCCAAGUGGGACGUCCACGAGGUUCCUAGGCCAGUUGUUAAAUACAUAGGGGAGCAAAAAAUAGUAGAGGUAGAAGUACCCGAAAUUAAAUAUAUUGACAAAAUUGUAGAAAGAGAAGUAGUGGUAGAUACUGUUGAAAAAAGGGUUCCCAAAAUUAUCGAAAUUCCAAAAUAUGUAGAUGAAGUGAAGUAUGUCUGGAAGCCUAUUGAAAAAAUUGUAUACAUACAAAAGUUGGUCCCCAAAUUUGACGUCAACUUGGAAUGCCCUCCACCUUUAAUCGUUCCCUACCCAGUACAAACGGUCAAGCAGAUUCCACCUGUGAUGGUCAGGAAGGAUGUGAAAUUUCCAGAUUGUGAUUACACUGAUUUCAAUUCGCCUUGCGGGUCAUUGCCUGUCCCUAGAGAGUACGUUGAUUAUUAUACUUCUAGGCAGAAAGCCCAGAAGGGUAUUUUCUCCAAUUGCUGCGAAUCCAAUUGUAAGAGUGGGGAAGGUCAUGAUGAAACCUACUACGAUGUGUCUCCCAAUUCUGCCAUGAGGGUCUCUGAAGAGUCACUCCAGAAUGAACUAAAUAUUUGUAAUUCCUCCAACCCGUUUGUCAAUACCAGCGCCGACUCGAUUUUGAACAAGGGGGACCCAAAGCUCGCCUUUGACGCGGAUAUGAAUACGAAGGUGACUGCAAACGUGGACGUCACUGCAUGA